AUAUCUGAUUGAAAUUAUGAGACAAACUGAGGAAUCGUUCCUUCUAAAAAAGAAAAAUAAAUAAAGUAAGAAUCGCUGAAAUUGGACUUGUCCGAAGAAGAAAAAAGAGGCAACACAAUCGGGUAGUUGAAUACAACACCGGCCCGAUCACCUCACUGCCAUUGGAGUAUAAUACAACAGAGAACCCUAGGUUCUGUAGAACCCAGAUGAUGAUGAUGAUGAUGAUAAAGAGCUUGAUUUAUAAUUAACACAAGAAUCAUAUUCCCCAUUAAAAUGGAGAAAGCAGAGGAGCAAGAUACUUGGGGCACAUGGGAAGAACUCUUACUAGCAUUCGCUGUCAAACGUUACGGCACCUCGUCCUGGGACUCCGUUUGUUUGGAGAUGAAGAAACGCUGUUCCUCCUUGACUUGUCUCACUCCUCUUCACUGUAUGUUAAGGUUCGAUCAUCUCAAGUCCCGUUACGCGGAUAACACUACUGAUCACUCCUUUGUGCCGUGGCUUGAUGAUUUGAGGAAUCGUCGAAUCGCGGAGCUUAAGGCUCAAUUGGAACGUUAUGAUCUCUCCAUUCUGUCCUUGCAUUCGAAGGUCAAGAGAUUGAGGGAGGAGGGGGAAGAGAGUUUUAGAGGUUGUGUUGAGAAAUUGGGUUCCAAGGAUGGAUCGAGUGAGGUUAAAUUGGAGGAGUUUUUGCCGGAGAAGGUGAUUGAGGAAGUGGUUGGUGGUAAAGAUGAAAACUUGGAGACCUGCGAGGUGAAACCAGAAAAUGAUGUGAUUCGGGCUGAGUCGUGUAAUGGGAGCACGGAUAGUAUUAGUAAAGAGACGGGAAAGGUGACGGUGGUGAAGGUAGAAGCAGAGGUUGCAGUGAAUGAAUUGGCUGAGGUGUGUAAGACGGUGGCUGAAUCGAAGAAAUUAGGGGUAAUAGAGAGUUCGGAUGUGCUGAGUACUACAAGUAGAUUGAGGAAGGAGGAGAUUGAGAAGUUGCAGUUUGGUAGCUGUGUGGGUGCUGGGCGUGAGAAUGAGUCACAGCUAUUGAAAGAAAUGUCUAGCGUAUCACAGCCUCUUAUUGAAAUCCUUGAAAUUUUGAAGUCUUACAAGCUUGGCCUGGUGUCCGAGAGGUUGCUUGAUUCCCAGGAAACCUCAAACUAUAGGAACUUGAUUCGACAACAUAUCGAUAUAAAGUCGGUGUAUCAAAAUGUAGUAGGUGGUUCUUAUUCAGACUCCGAGCAUAAGUUCUUUCGAGAUUUGCUGCUGCUUGUUAACAAUGCCAUUCUCUUCUUUGAAAAGAAUAUCUCAGAAUCUAAUGCUGCCACUGAGCUUAGACAGCAUAUUUCAGAAAAGUUGGUUCAGAGAAAUUUCAAGGCAGAUCUCACUGCUGGCAAGCAGACAUCAGUACCACCAAGAUCAUUGCUAUCCGAAAUAGCUCGGGAACCAUCUGAUUCUUGGCAAUUAAAAUCGGGGAUAGAAGGAAUAACCAGGGUGUCCCGCAAGCGCAGUUCUUUUGCUUCAAGAGGUUCUAUCUCAUCCUCUUCAGGAUCAGAUAGAAGGAGCUUGCAAGCAGCAGCAGCCAUGCCCAAACCAGUUGUGGAAUCUAAACAGAGUACUAAGUUCCCUGCUGCCGACAAACAUCGUCAAAUCACCAAGAGGACCACAAAUGGAUCGGCUUUGAACUCCAUAAGCCCCAAGAAAAAUGGAAAAGACCUGGCCACCACUCCUUGUGAUGAAGAUCCAGUGGUGAUUAUUUCCGAUCAAACCCGAGGGAAAUUGGGAUCUCCUACCGAGCCAUCACAGUCUAAAGGUGAGAAGAACGUUGCUUCAACAGGAAUGGCAAGAAGUGCUGCUAACUUCUUAGAUAGGUUGAAUAAAUCCUCACCUCCAAACAAUGAGCCAUGUACUGAUGUAUUGGAAAAUUCAAUGUGUAGUCCUCAUCAAGGAGGAGGAAAAUCAAAGCAGAAAGGAAAUCGCGGUAGUAAGGGUGGUAGCAAGAAGGAAAAGGCGAAGAGGAGCUCCGGAGGGAAGCUACUGAAUGAGGAGAGCAGCUUGACAAGACGACAGCUUGGACGGCCACCAAAAAGAGCUGCAGCACCCACUCCAGGAUUGGCAGGAUCCGGAAAGUGUAAUAGGGCAAUAGAAGACAUUGAUGCUGAGACACCUAAACAAUCAAAGAAAAGAUCAAGGAAGUGACAAGGAUUCCAUUAUUCUCCUUUUUUGUUUGAUGAAGAUUGUCCUUGCUGCAGAACUUCUGACAUGGUAUUACUUAAUGUUCCUCGUCAAACUGCCACCUUUCAGUAUUGUUGUAUAUAAUUCACGUUGGAUGGUUUUUCGCAUCUGAGCACAUCUUUGUUGAGCUCUACCCAAGGCCAACUUAUUCUGUGAGACUACAAUAGAUUCUUACUUCCAGUUUAGUUACUAA